ACAGAUCUCUAUUAGUUCUUUUCUUCAUGAUCCUCUUGCCAUUUUCCACCGUAGCCAUUGAUGAGAGUUCCRUUUUUAGGUAGAGGGAGGAAAGGCUGUUUCCCCGUUCACUUUAACAUUUAGAAACAACAAUCAUCUGUUACAAUCUCUCUUCUUGAAUUUUGAAUUUUGUUUCUCUUCUCAUAUUUUUUUUUGUUUAAUUAUGUCGAACUCAGGUGGAAUCCGAAACCUGAUACAUCCGAUCGAACUCGAACUCAGAUUUAUUUCUUAUGCAUCAGAUUGGAGUUCGGAUCGAAUUCGGAUGGGUGGUUUUCAUUUAUGGAAUCAAACUUGGAUGUAUGUACAUCUGAUCCGAUUAUAGACCUAUUGAUAAACCACAAAAGUGUUUGAAUAAAACAAGUUUUACAAAUUUAGCCAUUCUAUAUUCUUCUAUACUCAUUCAUAUCUACACUAAUGGUACAAACCAUUCAACCCUUCUAUUAUUUGAUUGUUUGCUUUUGUAAUUAUUUGAAAUCUUAUUUUAAUUAGAUAUCAGGGGUAUAAAAUACAGAUCAACACAUGAGCAAAAGCUGCCAUUUAGUCUAGUUUUUUGCUUGAAUGUUCUCAAAUCAGUGUUUUAUGAUCUAAAGAAAUGCUAGUUUUUAGCGCAAAAAAGGUAAUAUAUAUCCCAUGUUAUAGUGGCUUAUGGAAUCCAAUUCAAAGUCUAUAGUGCUGGUUUUAAUGUGUUUUUAUAUGUGGUUACUAAUUCUUAUUCUGUUCUUAGAUUUUGACUUCCACACUUGAGUAGAGACACUUAUCUAGACUCUAGAGAGAGUUAAAAUAGAAUUAUAGAAUACUUUGUAUUUAUACCUACAUCCAUUUGUGAAAUGGUUGCUUUGCUGGUUUAACCAUUUCAGUGAAUGGGCUACCUUCACUGUUAUACCUCUGAUUUGUUGGCAGACAUAUAUUAGUUGUCAUGGUCCCCAAUCCACUAAAAUAAUAGAGAAACGUGAAAGAAAAGCUAGGACACUGUGAAACCAUGCAUUAAUAAUUUAUUUUACUUAUUUUGUUUGUUUGUCUAUAGAGAUAACCACUAAACUGGCAGGACCAUCCCCCUCUCUCUCUCUCUCUCCUAUUCUUCAAAACAAGUUGAAGGUAUGGGAGAAUUUGUGUUCAUCUCUGCAACUGUAAUCUUGUGUAUUUUGAUACUGUCAUGGGUGUGGAGGAUGUUGUAUUUGAUAUGGUGGAGGCCCAUGAAGCUGGAGAGGUAUUUGAAAGAGCAAGGCAUCAAGGGGCCUCCCUACAAACUUCUGGUUGGGAAUCUGAAGGAUGAAUCGAGGUUGAGGAAAGAAGCACUAUCCAAGCCCAUGAAUCUCUCCCACAACAUCGCCCCAAGAGUUGCACCCUUUGUUCUUCAGACCAUCCAGAAUUAUGGUAAAAUGUCAGUAUCAUGGUCUGGGAGAACUCCUAGGAUUUAUAUUACAGACCCAGAACUGAUAAAGGAUAUUCUGCUUUACAAGUUUGGACACUUUGAGAGGUCCAAACCAAAUCCUUUUGCAAGGUCGUUAGCAAGUGGACUUGUAAGCUAUGAGGGAGAAAAAUGGGUUAAGCAUAGAAGGAUCAUCAACCCUGCUUUCCAUCUAGAUAAGCUAAAGCGGCUGUUACCAGUGUUUUCUAUUAGUUGUUGUGAUCUGAUAACAAGAUGGGAAAAGUUGGUUCCAUCAGAAGGGUCAUAUGAAAUGGAUGUAUGGCCUGAACUCAAAAAUUUAUCUGGGGAUAUCAUAUCUAGGGCAGCAUUUGGUAGCAGCUAUGAAGAAGGGAGACGAAUUUUUCAAAUUCAAGAAGAACAGGCCAGCCUUAUUAUGCAGGAUGCUAUGUCCAUUCAUAUCCCGGGUCUCAGGUUUCUACCCACAAAAAGGAACAACAGAAUGAAAGAAAUGGAAAGAGAAGUGAGAGCCCUACUGGAGGGAAUCAUCAGUAAAAGAGAAAAGGCUAUGAGAAUGGGAGAAGCCUGUACAAAUGAUUUAUUGGGUUUGCUAAUGGAGUUCAAUUUUAAAGAGAUCCAAGAGCAUGGGAAUUUAAAGAAUGUUGGUAUGAGUAUUGAUGAAGUGAUCGGGGAGUGCAAACUAUUUUACUUUGCAGGACGGGAGACCACUUCAAUUUUGCUCACAUGGACAAUGCUUGUGUUGAGUAUGCACUCUGAAUGGCAAUUGCGCGCAAGGGAAGAGGUCUUACAAGUAUUUGGAAAAAAUAAGCCAGAUUUUAAUGAGUUAAAUCAACUCAAAAUUGUGACCAUGAUUCUGUAUGAAGUUCUAAGAUUAUAUCCACCAGUGUUUAGAAUUUCUCGGUGGACAUACAAGAAGAUCAAACUAGGGGAAAUCUUCUUGCCACCUGGAGUAGAGCUUUCAUUGCCAAUAAUUCUCCUUCACCACAGUAUCGAAUUUUGGGGUGAUGAUGCACAAGAGUUCAAACCAGAGAGGUUUGCAGGAGGAGUUUCAAAAGCAACAAAGAAUCAAGUCACCUUCUUCCCAUUUAGUUGGGGCCCUCGAAUUUGCAUUGGACAGAAUUUUGCACUGAUGGUAGUAAAGAUGGCUCUGGCAAUGAUUCUACAACGUUUUUCAUUUGAGCUCUCACCAACCUACUGUCAUGCCCCUUGCACAGUUUUAACUCUUCAACCCCAAUAUGGUGCUCAGAUCCUCUUACAUAAACUAUGAGUUCUUCACCACACCAUUGAUUUAUCAGAUGUGGUAGAAAGUCCAGAGUGAAGACCUACCUCUUCUUGUAAUCUAAGAAUAUUAGUUAUGCAGUGGAUUGAACUACAUCUAACACUAUAUAGAUACAUUAUGAGCUGGAUGUCUUGGUCGUUUAAGCUACUGAAGCUUAAGCAGCAAAUUCAAACUCUCACAAGUUGUCAGAGACUAGCUAACAACACUGAUAAAUCAUGCAUGAAUGUGACAAAAAAAAAGUUGCUUUA